AGCCACUCAACAUGACCAACUUCAAACCAAUGAAAUAUACAAGUGUUUCAUGGUUACUCUUCUUUUGUUUAAUAAUACCUUCUUGUUUAGCCUUCAAUGUUGUUAGUUUUGGGGCUAGGGGAGAUGGCAGAACAGACUCAACCUCCGCGUUUCUUCGCGCUUGGUCUGCUGCCUGCCAAUCUACUAGGCAGCCCAACGUGUACGUUCCACGAGGAACGUAUUUGGUAAGGACAUUGAGUCUAAAUGGUCCUUGCAGGAGACGAAUUGAGUUCCGAAUUGACGGUACUCUCGUUGCUCCGAAGAAUUAUUACGCAAUUGGCCAGUCUGAGUUCUGGAUUAUGUUCUAUAAGGUAAGUGGGCUUACAGUGCAUGGAGGAACUAUUUAUGCCAUGGGUCAAGGUUACUGGUCUUGUCGGAAGGGUGGAGGUUCUUGUCCACAAGGAGCUAGGUCAAUACAAUUUAUGUGGUGCAACAAUGUAGUGUUAAGGGGCUUAAAAUCACUCUACAGCCAAAGAGUACAUGUGGGGAUUGGUUACAGCAGCAAUGUGAGAGUUGAGUAUGUGACGAUAAUAGCCCCAAGUGGAAGCCCAAAUACUGAUGGAAUUCAUGUGCAAAACUCAAGGGAGGUUACCAUUUAUGGCAGUAUCAUCAAGACAGGAGAUGACUGUAUUUCUAUAGGCUCUGGCUCCAUGAACGUGUGGAUUGAAAGAGUUGGAUGUGGCCCUGGUCAUGGUAUCAGCAUUGGAAGUUUGGGACACACUUGGAAUGAACCUGGAGUAGCGAAUGUGACAGUAGCAAAUUCAGUUUUCACAAAGACGCAAAAUGGCGUUAGGAUAAAGUCAUGGGCAAGACCAAGUGGUGGCUUUGCCAAAAAUCUCAUGUUCAGAAACCUUGUUAUGAGGAAUGUUGGGAAUCCCAUCAUCAUUGACCAAAACUAUUGCCCCCAUAAUAUCUGCCCUCGUCAGAGCUCAGGAGUGAAGGUGAGUCAAGUCACAUUCAAGAAUGUGAAAGGAACAUCAUCUACACAAGCAGUCAUGAAAUUUGAUUGCAGUCCUUCAAAUCCAUGCAGUGGAAUUAGGUUGCAAGAUAUAAAGCUGACUUACAAUGAUCGUUUGAGAAGGCCAGCCUUUGCUUAUUGUAAAAAUGCAAGGGGAAGCCAUCGUGGCAAAGUCAUUCCCAGAAGUUGCAUCUGAGAGAGCACAAGAAACCUCAAAACAACCGAAUUUAUACUUCUUGUGUAUAUAUUUCCGAACUUCGAAGAACAAAAUAAAGAAAAGAAAAAAAAAAACAAAGGACCCCCUUCUCCUUUAUUUAUAUUUUCUUUUGUAGUACUCAUUUGAUUUGCCAGAGAGAACACAACUUGUUUAGUAAGUGUAGCUUAAUCAAAGAAAAUGUUGCUACCGAUUUCUUAAUAGACUUUUGUGAUUUGGUCAAUAA